AUGGAUAAAUCUUGGAUGCAUAUUGGAGAUAGAUUGCGGUCCCAUGAAUAUGCCGAAGGAGUUAAUCAUUUCUUAUCCAUGGCUCAAUCCAAUGCUCCUGCCAGUGAUGCCAUUCGAUGUCCUUGCCGGAUAUGUCGUAAUAAUUUUUUCCAACCAUUUGAUGUUGUGAGGGAUCAUUUGUUCUUGCGAGGGAUUGAUAUAAGUUAUACUCAAUGGAUAUUUCAUGGAGAAGAUGAUCCUUUUCAUGCCAAUCGGUCAGAUGAUGAGGACGAUGGAGAUGAUUUUGGUGAGUACGUUGAUGAUGUUGAUGAGAUGUUAGAUGACAUCCGGGUGGGAUCCUUCGUUAAUAGUGCUCACGGUUUAAAUGCUGGUGGUGGUGACGAUGAUGCACCAGAACCCAAUGUUGGGACUUCAAGACACCAUACAUUUGAACAGUAUGUAGAGGAUGCUCGACGUCCACUCUACCCAUCGUGUGCAAACUACUCAAAGCUAUCAUUUAUGGUGAAGUUGCUUCACAUCAAGAGUAUUGGUGGUUGGAACGUGAAGUCUUUUAACAUGGUGCUAAAGCUAUUGAAAUCUGCCUUCCCGACUGCUCUUUUGCCUGAAGACUAUAACGAUGCACGUCAGCUAGAACGUGGGUUGGGAUUUAGUUACACCAAAAUUCAUGUAUGUCCAAAUGACUGUAUCUUGUUCUGGAAAGAAUACGAAGACAAAGAUCAGUGCCCUAAAUGCAAGUCAUCUAGAUGGGUCUCACUGACAAGUAAACACCGGGUACCUCAGAAAGUGAUGCGUUAUUUUCCAUUGAUGCCUAGGUUGCAACGCCUUUAUAUGUCAAAAAAGACAGCACAAGCGAUGCGAUGGCAUAAAGAGCAGCGUAUUGAUGACUCGAGUUGUAUGAGGCAUCCAGCUGAUUCCAAAGUUUGGAAAGAUUUUGAUAGGAAACAUGAUUGGUUUGCGAAAGAUGCUCGUAAUGUUCGUCUUGGACUUGCGAGUGACGGUUUCAACCCAUUCAAUAACAUGAGCAAGCCUUAUAGUAUAUGGCCAGUCAUACUUCUGCCUUACAACUUGCCACCUUGGUCUUGUAUGAAAGAUCCAUACUUUCUCUUGACAUGUUUGAUACCUGGUCCUAAAUCACCAGGUAAUGAUAUCGAUAUCUUCCUUCGUCCUUUAGUUGAUGAAUUGAAAUCAUUAUGGGAGGUUGGUAUUGAGACAUAUGAUGCAUUCAGUUCCGAUGUUUUCCAAUUACAUGCAUCUCUACUCUGGACUAUAAAUGACUUUCCUGCAUACGCCAAUCUUUCGGGGUGGAGCACGAAGGGGAAAUUGGCAUGUCCUGUGUGCAAUGUAGAUACAGACUCAAUGUGGUUGGCCUAUGGGCGUAAACAUUGUUAUAUGGGCCACCGUCGCUGGUUGGCCCCGGACCACCGUUGGAGAAAGAAUAAACGUGCUUUCAACGGUGCGCUCGAGGUGAGGCCUCACCCACCAAGACUUACGGCCCAAGAAAUACUUGAAUCAUUACGCAUGGUCUCCAACGUGCAAUUUGGAAAAAGUGAACGGAAGAGGAAACGGGCACCACACGAACAAAACUGGACAAAGAAAAGCAUCUUCUUCGAUCUCCCAUACUGGCAAGACGUGGGAUUGAGGCAUAACCUAGACGUAAUGCAUAUCGAGAAAAACAUCUGUGAUAGCGUCUUGGGCACCUUGCUGAGUAUUGAUGGAAAGAGUAAGGACACUGCAAAUGCACGAAGGGAUUUGGAACGUCUCGGACUGAGGAAGGAAUUACACUUACGUCCGGAGGGUGAUCGUUGCCGGAUGAGUCUGGCAUGUUACACACUAAACCAUAAUGAGAGAAUUUCCUUUUGUGAGUGGGUGUCACAAGUUAGUUUUCCAGAUGGCUUCGCCUCUAAUAUUGCUCGGUGUGUGAAUAUUCGGGAAGGCAAAAUUACAGGAAUGAAAAGUCAUGACUGCCACAUUUUUCUCCAACGGUUGCUUCCGGUUGUAAUUGGCAGUUAUUUGCGUCCUGACAUCCGGCUAGCUUUGACCGAGCUAAGUACAUUUUUCAAGGAAUUGUGUGCUCGAACAUUGACGUAUGAAUCAUUGCAUCGCCUUCAGGCAGAUAUUUCUAUCAUCCUAUGUAAACUUGAGAUGAUCUUCCCACCUGCAUUUUUUGAUAUUAUGGUCCACCUCGCAAUUCAUUUACCAGACGAGGCAUUACUUGCUGGACCAGUGCAAUACAGGUGGAUGUAUCCGUUUGAGAGGUACCUGGGGAAGUUCAAGCGCUAUGUCCGGAACAAAGCCCGCCCUGAGGGUUCAAUUGCAGAAGCAUAUGUUCAUGUUGAGUGUUUAACAUUUUGCUCAAUGUAUCUCAACGACAUUGAGACCAGAUAUAAACGGGUUGAAAGAAACGCGGACAUUCCAGAUCAGCUUAAUGAUGAAUUUUUUUCUGUAUUCUCACAAAAGAUUCGAGAGAAGCGUGCGAUGAACCCAGCCAGUGUACGAGAUGAAAUAUAUGCACUUGCAUGUGGUCCCGACAAGUGGGUUGCGUCGUACGCCGGUUGCAUUAUGAAUGGAAUUAGAUUUCAGACGAAGGAUCGAGAGAGGCACCGACGAACUCAAAAUAGCGGUUUGGUUGUUCGUGGUGAACAUCAGUCAAAUCCCGUUGACUUCUACGGGGUUUCGAAAGAUAUUAUAGAAUUAAGAUAUAUGGGUUGGCGUAAGGUCUAUUUGUUUCAAUGUGAUUGGUGGGAUGUUGGUGAUAAGCGAAAAGGGAUUCGCGUUGGCGACCAUCUAACGAGCCUGAACACUUCUCGAACAUGGUAUAAAGAUGAACCUUUUGCUCUUGCAUGCCAAGCCCAGCAGGUGUUUUACUUAAAAGAUAUGAGUGUGGUGGGUAGUUGGUAUGUGGUCCAUAAGAUAACGAAUAGGAAUGUAUACAACAUUCCUUUAGUUUCGUCGGUCCAGGAUGCGGAUGAUCCUGCAGAGUUAGUUCACGAUGAUGCUUUCGAGGAAGAUGAAAACAUUCCGACAAACGUGCCGCAUGCCCAAUCUAGUGAUCCAGACUUGAUGACUCCAUUGAACAGGCUAGAUGAAGAACCAAUACUGAUAGACCCUUCGACCAUAUUAGAACAUCAACCAUCUGAUUUAGUUGACCACAAUGCAUUCCUCGAGGAUGAUGGCGUUGAUGAUGAUCAGGGAAUCGACGAAGCCGAUGCUAAUAGCGACAGAAGCGAUGAUGACAGUAUUGCAUUUGCCAAUGAUGCAAGCUCAGAUUCAGAAGAUGAUUAUCUAGCUGGAAAUGACAAGUAA